UAAAUAGUAUUACGCAAUUGACGUUUCAGAAUGAAACGAAAAGGACAGAAAAUAAAGUGAGUGCGAAAAAAAUUAUAUGAAGAUCGUUAAAGGACAGGAGGGCAGGACACGAGAAAAGAUUAUUGAGAUUCAAACACUCGUUCUACCCGGAAAUAAGCAGAAUUCCCAAAGAUGGCGGAGCAAGGGCCAAUGGCGAUAGCUAUGCGGCUAAGAAAUCAACUACAGUCCGUAUAUAAGCUCGACCCGUUACGAAAUGAACAGGAGGAAGUAAAAUUGAAGAUUAAAGACCUGAAUGAGCACAUCGUGUGCUACCUUUGCGCUGGGUACUUCAUCGAUGCCACAACUAUAACAGAGUGUCUACAUACAUUCUGUAAAAGUUGUAUUGUGAAAUACCUUCAAACCAGCAAGUAUUGUCCAAUGUGCAACAUAAAGAUCCACGAAACGCAGCCUUUAUUGAACCUGAAAUUGGAUAGAGUGAUGCAAGACAUUGUGUACAAACUGGUACCAGGACUUCAAGAAAGCGAGGACAAGAGGAUAAAGGAGUUCUAUCAAUCGCGGGGGCUUGAGAGAGUUGUCCAGCCUUCAGGGGAAGACUCCUUACCAGAUGCUAAAGGAUUGCCUUUCACCAGCUUUGACCAUUCCAAGGCCCACUUCUAUAGAUAUGACGAGCAGGUCUCACUCUGUUUAGAGAGGCAAAGUUCUUCAAUGGCUGAAAAAAAGGAUAAAACCAAACUGACGCUUCAGCAGAAGUUUGUUCGCUGCUCAGUCCGAGCUGAGGUGAGACACUUGCGUAAAGUGUUGUGUCAUCGACUGAAUGUGGAGAAGCACCAGGUACAGAUGUUAUUCAAUAACGAGUCUCUUCCGGACCACAUGACCAUGAAGCGGCUGUGGCUUUCUCAUUGGUUUGGCAAGGCUCAACCAUUGGUUCUUCACUACACUAUCAAGGACAAAAGAACAAGAUAGGACUUUUCCCCUUUAUAAUGACAUCAGAAGCUGUAUAUAUUUUGUAUCAUAUAUAUUCUAUUUUAAUAGUGUUUGUGUACAUAUACUUAUUUUCCUCGUUUUGUAUUUUUAAAAUAAAUAUUGGAAA